AGGAGCCAUAAUUAAUUCAUUUCGAAUCGCACACGCUUUUCAGUUUAGCUAGCCGAAAGCACAGAAUGUUCGCCUCCGCCUGGCGCAGCGUGGCCACCUCCGUGGAGACCCAGUUGACGGCCACCUACUUCCGAGGUUCGUCCAGCAAUCCGAAACUGCUCCUGCGUUCCUGGCGGACGAUUCCUCGAGCGGAUGCCCCUGGUUUCGGAGCGAUUCGGCGGCGUUUUCUGGCUGUGCCCGUCAUCUGUCCAAGUCUCGUCAAGCUGCAAAAGCUACGCAAAGUCGGCUUCAGAGGCAUGCACAGCACAUUGGAGGACGUGCAGCUGGAGGGCAUGGAGAUCAAGAUCCUGCCGGCCCUGCAGGACAACUACAUGUAUCUGAUUGUGGACACCAAGACGCGCGAGGCGGCUGUGGUAGAUCCCGUGGAGCCGGAACUGGUCAUCAAGACGGUGCAGGAGCAGCAGCUGACCCUCAGCAAGGUGCUGACCACGCACCAUCACUGGGACCACGCCGGCGGCAAUGAGAAGCUGCUCAAGCUGUGGCAGAAGGAGCUGGACGUGUAUGGCGGCGAUGACCGCAUCGGGGCCUUGAACAAAAAGGUUCAGCAGGACGACACCUUCACCAUUGGCGGCCUGCAUGUCAAGUGCUUGUCCACGCCGUGCCACACCACCGGCCACAUCUGCUACCACGUCACCGCGCAGGAUGGCAGCGGCGAGGGAGCCGUCUUCACCGGCGACACCCUCUUCCAGGGCGGAUGCGGCCGCUUCUUCGAGGGCACUCCCGAGGAAAUGUACGAGGCGCUGUGCACAAAGCUCUCCGCCUUGCCGGACGCCACAAAGGUGUUCUGUGGCCACGAGUACACGCUGCAGAACAUGAGCUUCGCCCGUCACGUCGAGCCCGACAACGAGGUCAUCCAGCAGAGGAUCGAGUGGGCCAAGCACCGGCGCGCCUCCCAGGAUCCCACUGUGCCCUCGACCAUUGGCGAGGAGAAGUCCUGGAACCCCUUUAUGCGCGUCCACGAGGCUACCGUGCAGAAGCACGCCGGCGGAGCCACCGAUCCCGUCGUCACCAUGGGCAAGCUGCGCAAGGAAAAGGACACCUUUAAGGCCUGAUCUAUUUGCUCGAAAUUUUCGAAACUUGUGAUUUAAUAUUGGAUUUUAAUGGUUAAUAAAAUUAACGCUGUGUGUGGAGUGCA